CCUCGCCCACAUCGGAGGUAAACGUCCGGGAUCGAAAAGCUGAGGCGGCCGUCGUCCGUUUUCUCUGUUGCUCCCACCCCACUUGAUAGUUUCUUUGGGUCGCUUCCCCACCCACAGGUGACAGGAAGAGGCCAGGGUCAAACUUCUCGACUUCUUUCUUCUUCCUGCUGUGCCAAAGUCGGCGGCAGGAAUGCCGCAGGUCGCGGGAUCGAGCCGACACGAAGGCGAGGUUACCUCGAACAAGCCAGAUAACACCGCGUUCAAACAGCAGCGACUGCCGGCCUGGCAGCCCUUCCUGUCGGCGGGAUACGUCCUCCCCACCUUCUUCAUACUGGGGGUGAUAUUCAUCGGGAUAGGGCUCGGCCUCUACUUCACCUCCAACAGCAUUAUCGAGAUCGAGCUUGACUACACUGGCAACCAACCGAACAGUUCGUGCUUCCAAUGCACUAACAGCACAGUCAAGAACUGCAAAUGUAGCGUAACGUUCAAGGUGGACACCGUGUUGGUGGGCCCUGUUUACAUGUACUAUGAACUAUCGAACUUCUAUCAAAAUCAGCGGAAAUACGGAGUCUCCCGAGAUGACGAUCAGCUGAACGGGGACUUGAAGUAUUUAAAGAAUCCCUCAGAGUACUGCAAACCAUUCCGCCGGGAUGGUGAAGGCCGGCCCAUUGCUCCCUGUGGCGCGAUCGCAAACAGCAUGUUUAAUGAUUCCUUUAUUGUAUAUAAGCUGAAUAACACUGGGUCUCACACCAAGAUCCCUUUAAAUGCCAAAGGAAUUUCUUGGUGGACGGACUACAAUGUCAAGUUUAAUAACCCCAAGGUGGACAAUGGGUCUGAUCUAAAGAAGGCAUUUGAAGGAACUGGAAAGCCUAUCAACUGGCCCCGACCCGCCUACGAGUUGGACACUAACCCGGAAAACAACGGCUUCAUCAACGAAGACUUCCUCGUCUGGAUGAGGACGGCAGCCUUGCCGACAUUCCGCAAGCUCUAUCGCCGCAUCGACGGAGGACUGGAGCCAGGAAACUAUUCUGUGGAGAUAAGCUACAAUUAUCCGGUGAUCAGCUUCAAUGGACAGAAACGCAUAACGUUCAGCACCAUAUCGUGGAUGGGUGGAAGGAACCCAUUCCUGGGGAUUGCUUAUCUUGUCUGUGGUAGCGCGUGCAUUGUUGCCUCUGUGGUCAUGCUGAUAGUCUACAUCAAGUAUCAGGGACAGCGUGAGUUCAUAGAGGAUUAGUGAUACGACAUAUCGUUCUGUUGUCGCAGGGUGAUGUGUUUCGGAGGGUGCUCGCUAUAAUUUAACUCUUAGGUUGAUGGGGGAGCAGAUUCUUUCAUUCUGUGAUAUAUUUAAUACAGUUUAAAGUAAGUAAUUACGUUUAAACACAGAUCAUAUAAUUUAUACAUUCAUUUCAGAUCUGUUUUCUUUUUGAGAUAUUAGAUGAUUUGGCAGUAAAAGUCUAUUGUAAAGAAUUAUUCCACUUUCUUCAGUUCUUGCAGCUAUUUGAUUAGCUGUUGAAGUAAAUUCAUAUUGAUAUUUCCCCCCCCCCAGUCUUUAUUCUCAAUACAUUCAUCAGGGUUUCCGUGACGAUUUCUUAAGUACCAAUUGCACUUAUUUCUAGCAUCUGCAGUAUCCUGUGUCCCCAAUAAUCAAAACCUUGUAGGUUAUGGAAUCAAAAAUUAAUUGACAUCAGUUGGUAUUUUCAGCAGAGAGUUCUAAAUUUUGUUGAAGCAUUUUGCAAUUUAAUUCCUGAAAGGACAAUUUCUUUUAAACUAAAAAUCAGUCUUGGGAGAUUAGCUUUAUUUGUCAUUUUCAUUUUUAAAUCUUUUUUAUUAAUUAUUAUUGAAAAUCAACAACAAAAAAAAUACAUCAAGAUAAGACAACAUAUCCAUAUGUAGAAUAAGAGUUAAACUAUCAACCAAACUGAACAAUAUAUCAAUAAUGAUAAAAAAACAAAAUGUUAAAGCUAUUUUUUGGAAAAAAGAAAGAAAAAAGAACCCCUACUAACUAAAACAAAAAAAACCAAUAACAAAAAAAAACGGGAAAAAGAAACCCAUUUGGAGCACAAACCCGGAGUUAUAAGCCAUACAAGCUUCCAUAAAAAGAGACAUCAUUCCACCAACCAAAUCCGUAUACCCAAGCAUCAGAAAAGGACCAUCUUAAUUAACUCAAAUCAAGUGAUAAUAACGGGCAAAAGGCCCCCACCUUUUCUCAAAGUCAAAUCUAGGAUCAAAAGUUCGACUUCUAAUUUUUUCCAAACUAAGACAUAACAUCACCUGAGAGAACCAUUGUAUCAAAGUGGGAGCAGAGGCAUCUUUCCAUUUUAAUAAAAUAAUCCUUCUAGCCAAUAAUGUGACAAAUGCAAUUACGUGUUGGUCUGAUAUAGAAAUACCAUGAAUAUAUUGGGGAAUUAUACCAAAUAAAACUGUCAAUUUAUUAGGUUGUAAAUUGAUUUUUAAAGCUUUAGAAAUUGUAGCUUUAUUUGUCACAUGUUCAAAGUACAAAGUACAUUUACUAUCAAAGUAUCUAUACUAUAUUACAAGCUUGAGAUUCAUCUUCUUACAGGCAGCCACAAAACAGAGAAACCCAGAAGAACCCAUUUAAAAAAAAAAGACAAUCAAGCAUCCAAUGUUUGCAGGAAGAAAAAAAAGCAAAUCGUGCAAACAGUAAAAGUAAACAAAUAGCGCUCAGGACAGAAGUGAAGCUCGGAGCAGACCACAGCCUCAGUUUUACGCAGAGCUGAGUAAGUGCCAUGGAGCAGCGAGCAGAACCAGCCCAACACUCGCCCCUUGGCUCGACGCCCUGCCUUUUCAAUCUAUCUGGCCCAGCGUUUAAAUUGUCCAAACAUCAACAUGGGCCUGGACUGUACUGCCGUGUUUUGGCUUGUACCUGACCUUUCCAAAUCGGCCUGGCGCUUGGAUCAAACAAACCUCGCUCUUGGUUUAGGCGGAUGGGCCUCGAAUCUGCCUCUGCUCUGUUCCGCUCACCCCGACUUUGACUUGAAUAUGCCUUGGACCUUGCCCCAACUUCGCCUCAAACCCGCUUUAACCUCACCUUGACUUCACCUGGCAGUCACACGCUUCAGCCCUUGACUCAGUCUCACCUUUGCUCGCUUCUCCAUUGUUUGCGGUGAUCAUUUGCCAUGAAUUUUACAAGUAUUAUUAAUAAAGUAUUUAGUUGUAUUCAUUGUUUUGUUUGCUGCCAGUAAGUAGUCACUAGGUUUCACCGGGACGAUCUUAUACCGGAAUGUACAUCAAAAUAUAGUGAGAUCGUAAUUUUGCAUCAAAUCAAAUCCGUGAAGAUUUCCACACUUUUGGUGUCAACAUAGCACGCCCACAACUCACUAACACUUAACUCUGUCUUUGGAAUAUGGGAGGAAACUGGAGCACUUGGAGGAACUCCACAUGGUCACCGGUAGAACGUACAAACUCCUUGCAGACAGUGGCUGGGCUCAAAUCCCAUUCUUACAGCCGGAGCGGUAUAGUAUUGCACUAAGCACUACGCUGCUGUGUUGGCCUGAACGUGCCAGCCUAUGAAUACAGAAGCAAAUUAUCAUCCGCCCCUCAUUCCAGCGAACCCUAGUUUGUGUAAAGCAACCCUUGGAGGCCAGGGUGGGGCCAGUUCUGCUCGCCGCUCUGCGAUGUUUCUUCGCCACAUUGGGGCUGUAGCCUGCUCCGGCUACUGCGGGCUUCGUGCCUGCAGGCUCUGUGACGUUAACUCCGCUACGUGCUGAACUGAGGCUGAGGCUGUGGCCUGCUCUGGUGGACUUUGUUCUAGAUGCUAUUUGCUUACUUUUAUCGUUUGCACAAUUUGUUUUUUUUUCCCUCACCUUCCACAUUGGGAGUUUAUUGGUCUUUUUAAAAAAUUGGUUCUUCUGGGUUUCUUGUUUUGUGGCUGCCUGGAAGGAGACAAGUCUCAAGGCUGUAUAAUGUAUGGGCACUUUGUUAAUAAAUGUACUUUGAACUUUGAGAUGGGUGGCAUUCAGGUAAAUCUCCAUCGCAGUUCCUCCAAGUGUAACCUAUCCUUCCCAUGGAAGACCUUUCGAAGAGACCUUGUAAGGCUUUUAGUGACCUGUGAUAAAUUCUAGAGAAGAAUUGAAAACUUAUUAGGAACUAACAUCAAGUUAAAAGUGCAGUGUUUAGGCACACACAAGCCAAGUUAUAACACCAGAGCAAUUGGUAGAAUAAAUUAUUAUAAUUAAAUCAAUGAUUGAGCUAAAGUGUUAAGAAAUCUAUGUGCUUCGUCCCUGGGAGCUGUACAGAACUUUUUUUGUAGUCCUGAAAGAGCCAUUUAAUUUGAAUGAAAACAUAGGUAUUCUGACAAGUUGUGCUAGUCAGAAAAUUUGGAAACUCUUUGAAUUAUCUUUUAUUACCAUCAGUUUACAAUUGUGGUUUCCUGGAUAUGUUAGUGUUUUCAACUUUAGAAGAGUCUAGGACCAGAGGGCACAGCCUCAGACAAGGAACAAACAAGGAAUAAACAAGGAAUUGCUUCAGCUGAACGAUGGUGAAUCUGUGGUAUUUGUUACCACAGAGGGUAGUGGAGGCCAAGUCAUUGGGUAUAUUUAAGGAGGUGCAGGUGUAAGAAAGGGGUUGAAGUAAACUCAGCAGUGAUUGAAACCUGAUGGGCAGUGUUAGGGCAUAUGGCAAAUAUUUUCUUCACCAGCAACCAAUCUGCAGCCAUAAAUGUGGAUUGUAGAUUGAAUUUAAAACAAAGCUCUGAACAAUAGUUUUUCUGGAGCUGAUUGCAAACUGGACCAAUGCCGAUUGACAUUCAUUCUGGGUGGCUGGAGUGUGGGUGCAAAGAAGGAGGUGUGUGAAAACUGUAUGUAACUCAAAGGAAGCAUUGUAGAUACAUUGUAACUCUGGUAUUGUCUUGUUACCUUUGAUCUUUAGCAUGUAAAAAGUCAUGUAAAAUUGGGUUGAACAGGCCUCUUUCUCUGAGAGUACCUCAUUUUGUGGAAUAAAACACAUCUCCGUUC